AUGUUAAUCGGGGUCGGUUCAUUCUUUGAAAUCUUAAGAGGUGAAAGCAUAUCUUUAGGACAUAAUUUGCCGGUUUUACAAAAUUCAGUGUUUGGGUGGUUUGUUUGCGGAUUAGCCUACCCGAACAAUGAAAACUUGUCAAAUUAUAAAAGAACGUUUAUUGUAAAUAAUCUUACAUUAAAUAAAGCAGUUUCGAGAUUUUGGGAGAUAGAAGAGAUUAAUCACGAGGAAAUUCCAAACUUAGACGAUAGGUUAUGCGAAGAGAAUUUUGUAAAUAACGUAACUAUAAAUAUAAAUGGUCGAUACACCGUAGCAUUACCAUUAAAACCAAAUGCUUCAACAGCUAUAGGCAAAUCAUUGCAACAAGCAAAGCGUAGAUUUUUACAUUUAGAAACUCGCCUUAACAAAAAUGAGAAUUUGAAACGACAAUAUUGCGAUUUUAUUAAUGAAUAUAUUAAAUUAGGGCAUGCUUAUGAAGUUCCUAAUUUUGAACAAAAUAUCUCACAAAAUUCGUUUGCAUAUUACCUGCCCCACCACGCGGUUUUUAAAAAUAGGUGUGACAAAAUCCGAGUUGUCUUUGACGCGUCUGCGAAAACAUCAACAGGCAUUUCUCUGAAUGACGUUCUUUAUACAGGACAAAAAUUACAACAGGAUAUUUUUACUAUCUUACUGCGCUUUAGAUCGUAUAUUUAUGUAAUGACCGCGGAUAUUGUAAAAAUGUUUCGACAAAUUCGCGUCAAUGAAGAACAUCAAAAUUUGCAACGAAUUUUAUGGCGUGAAAAUAUUCAUGACAAAAUUAAAUGUUUUAAUUUAUCUACAGUUACUUAUGGAACUGCUUGUGCGCCAUAUUUGGCUAUUCGUUGGCUGAAUCAACUCGUAUUAGAUGAGGGAGAGAGCUUUCCUUCAGCUUCACGCGCUGUCCAACACGAUUGCUACGUGGAUGAUAUUAUUUCGGGUGCAAAUUCAUUAGAAGAGGCAAUAAAGUUAAAGGAGGAACUAAUACAACUUUUUAAUCGUGGCAAUUUUCAAUUGCAUAAAUGGGCUGCAAACAACAGUAGCAUUAUUGAUUCCUUGACAAAAUCGCGAAACGAAUGCGUUCAAUUUAAUCGAUAA